UGCCCGAUCUGAACUGAGUGGGCCAUGCUCUCCCCCAAUUAUGCAUCUCACUGCAGCCGACAUUUUAGGCUGCUCCGACUGCUGCCACCUGUCUCUGGCCCUUUUCUCACCCUCAUCCGACACAACUUGCUGCAAUCUGGAUGAUGAUCUCCUAGGAGGGUGUUUUCUCCCCUCCUACCUGACUGGCAGAUGCAGACGUUGGACCAGCUUGUCCCAGAAAUCCGCGAAGAUCUGGUCUAAUUUGGAG